UUCAUCAUGGGCUACCUGGUGGCGGCUGGAGCCACGGGCAGACUCCUGUUCGGCUACGACAGCUUUGGCAACGUGUGUGGCAAGAAGAACUCCCCAGUGGAGGGGGCCCCCCUUUCAGGGCAGGACAUGACCCUAAAAAAACACGUGUUUUUUAUGAAUUCCUGCAACCUGGAAGUCAAGGAUGCGAGGCUCGGUUCCACCGUUCUCUGCGUGUCCAGCUGUCCUGAGGAGCAGCUCCAUACCCUGGAAGAGGUCCAGCCCUUUGCAAAUACCAGUGGGUCCUUCCUGUGUGUUUAUAGUUUAAAUUCCUUCCACUACACCCAGAAUCCAAAUGCAGACUUGCUGUGCCCCAGGCUACCAGUUCCUCCAAGCAAGUCUUUCCCCUUGUUUAACCGAUGCAUCCCUCAGACACCUGAGUGCUAUUCCCUGUUUGCAUCUGUUUUGAUCAAUGAUGUUGACACUCUCCAUCGAAUUCUAAGUGGAAUCAUGUUCGGAAGAGACACAAUCAUCCGUUUCUGUGUCUUCAUACUAGUCUCAUCUUUGGGCACGAUGUUCAUCUUCCGAUUCAUCACUGCUGUUCUGGUUUGCAUUUUCAAAGCAUUUGUUGUUUGGGGAUUGUUAUUUGUCUGCAGGGCAUUAUGGUGGCAGUAUUACAACCAUACCAAUGACCGCAGCACAGAACUGGACCCAGAAAGGGAAAAUAUGAGGCGUUUGCUGAGGUUUGCCGUUGUAUUUACAGUUAUCACAGCAGUUGUGCGCGUCCUGAUUUCCAUCCUCAGAAAGAGAAUGAAACUGACAGUCAAACUUCUCCAAGUCACAAGUAGAGCCAUCAGCAACUCUCCUUUCCUGCUGCUCCAGCCACUGUGGAUGUUUGCCACCCUCAUUUUCUUCUGGGUCCUCUGGGUGGCUGUGCUCCCGAGCCUGGGAAAUGCAGGAGCUGCCCAGGUUAUCGGAGGUGGCCAGGCGGAACAUAAGCCUCCGUCAGGCAUUCGGUAUACGUGGUGGUACCACUUAAUUGGCCUCAUCUGGACUGGCAAAUUCCUUGUCGCAUGCCAGCAAAUGACUGUAGCUGGGGCAGUGGUGACGUGUUAUUUCAACAGAAAUAAAAAUGACCCUCCUGAUCGCCCCAUCCUUUCAUCUCUCUCCACCCUUUUCUGCUACCAUCAGGGAACAGUUGUAAAAGGGUCAUUUUUAAUCAUGGUGGUGAGGAUUCCAAGAACCAUCCUCACGUACAUCUAUAACACGCUGAAAGAGAAGCACAGCGCGUGGUCCAGGUGCGUGUUCCGAUGCUGCGGCUGCUGUUUCUGGUGUCUUGACAAAUGCCUGUGCCACCUCAACCAGAACGCAUACACUACAACUGCCAUUAAUGGGACAGACUUCUGUACAUCAGCCAAAGAUGCACUCAGACUCUUGUCCAAGAAUUCAAGUCACUUUACAGCUGUUAACUGCUUUGGAGACUUCAUAAUUUUUCUAGGAAAGGUGCUGGUGGUGUGUUUCACUGUUUUCGGGGUGAUGGCGUUUAAUUACAGCUGUGAGCUCCAGGUGUGGGCGAUCCCGCUGCUGCUGGCUGCUUUUUUUUGUGUACUUAAGCACAGUUUCUUAUCGGUGUUUGAAACUGUGCUGGACGCACUAUUUCUGUGUUUUGCUGUUGAUCUGGAAACAAACGAUGGAUCAUCAGAAAAGCCCUUCUUUAUGGACCGAGAGUUUUGGAGUUUUGUAAAAAGGAUCAACAAAUUAAACACUGCGAGAGCACAGAGAGGCAAGAACUCAUCAUCGAACCGAGAGGGGACAGAGCACCAGCUGCUGUGAGAGGCGCCCUUGAGGUAUCUGUACUUGGAAAGUUCCCUCCUCCUGAGAGCCCUGCACAGAACAAACACUGUUCUGUUUUGUCCCCAUUGUUUGACCACGUUACAAUACUAGCACCAUAAAAUUAUAUGACCUUCUCUGCACCAACUGGGACGAAAAACCUUUUAAGACCAUGUUUGUAUGGUCAAUUAAAAAGCAUGCUAUGUAAAAACCCAUUUCAGGACACCAAUGCAAAGGAUAUUCCUCACUCUCAACCAACAAACCUCAGCAAAAAUCUCUGGAAUGUUGCCCUAGUACAGAGGACGUUUCCUUGCUCCUCCAUGUCUGGAAAUGUGCUAAAAUGUUACAGCUUUCCAAAGUACAAUUCUUCGAUUCAGGGACAAUUAAAACUGGAAGUUUAACCGGAACCACCACCUGAUGGGCGUGGUAUCAAAGAGGCAGAAGUUUAAAGAGAUGUGACAAGCUAAAUUUUGUUAAAAGUACAAGGCUACCUCUUAUAAAUUAGUGAACGUUCUGCAGAAGAGGUUUUCAACCACAGCCCCGCCAGAGAAUUGCCCAGAGGACGAUUCGAAGUCCUUCUGCCGGGACCCGAUCCCCAGACUGAGAUUCAGCGGCAGGUCAGAGGGACGGGUGGGGGUGCGCUUGGGUGCUUUUCUUUAAAGCUUUAAACAAAUAGGAACAUUUAACAUGUUGAUUGGCAGCCUCAUUUCAACUAGAUGGCUAGGUACACAGAAUUACCCACUCUCCCAACAGGAGGCCCAAACUGGCUUAUUUGGCAGGCAAGCAGUACAAUGUAAGGUUUCCCUAAACCCCUCUUUAGGGAUGGCAAGAAACAGCAUGCCAGCUCAGCCCUUGAGACUUUAACAAAUGCAAGUGAUGACUUUUUUCUUAAACAGCACCACUGAGUUAGUUGAGCUCCGACAGUCUCCUUUAGGAAAGGGGUUUACAGAGCAGUUUCUCCGAAGCAUUAAACUUGGUCACCAAGUCACGAUGCGCAAGUUGACCGCGCUUUCCUGGCUGCAUCAAGCCCCAGCCGUUCCUUGUCUGCUGCCUCAGCAAAAAACAAGCAGGCACAUUUCACCCCCAAGGCCUAACAGAGGAAAUCAUUUGGCUGAGAAACUGUCAGAAAGUAUGCUACCCCUCGUCUGUCAGUGGCUGCAUUGCUGUCAUUACAAAACUGACCCGUCUGACAGUCUCUAUGUCAUGUCUGAAGGUCAUGGUUUUGCAAACCCUUUGUACUGUAAACCCUAGUUUAUUAUCAAACAGCAUAUCCUACUCCUGAUCCAGUAUGUUUAAUGCUUAUUCACCCUAGAAAUAGGAAUAUAACCCCCACCCCACCCUCCAGUGUUUCUGAAGAUGAUUUUAAGAUUAUUCCAAGUUGGCUUUAGGAUGAAUUGGGAGCAGCUGAGUCCCAGUGGAAUACACAAAGGUCAAAUGAUAGCUUGCCUCUUGGCUGGAAUUUACUGUGCUGCGGUGGGCAGGUACCUUCACUUUUCUAAGCCCCGGUCGCAAGCACUGUGCUUCUCAAGGGCACUGGUGAGUGGAUUCAGUAAGGGCAUGUUAAAGUACCUCGUAACAGCACCUGGGAAAAAGUACUUAAAAAAAAAGUCUGACUCUACCCAAUUAGCCAGAAAAUAAUCAGCCUGUGGCUCAUACGAAUGUUCAAAAAA